CCUGAACAAAUCUACUUUGUAUGUAAAGUAAGCUACGCAGUGUGCAAGCUUUUAUGAACUAAGCUAGUCACAAGUCCAAGACGUUUGGUUUCCUUCUCGAAUCGUUCAUUCUAAAAAGAACCCCGCCUGCAGGGCUCAACCACAAUCCUUAAUACCAUUAUCGUACAUCAAAGUUAAAUGCCCAUUUCUGAGACGAAGGGGUUCAAGCUUCGACCUUUCUACAGUCUAGUCUUUGAACCUUUCUUCGACAUCCCGAUUCCUCGAUGCGAUUUAUUGGCUCAUGUUUCUCCCAGGCAAUCAUUUCAUUGAUGGAUAUAUAUCUAUCCAUCUAUCCAUAAAUUACAACUACCAAGGUACUUGGAGUUAUUCAUUACAUUUCCAGGAUCAUUAAUUCCUUCGCAACAUCGAAUCAUGCUAAGGAGCUGCUGGUAGGAAGAGCCAAACCUCAAUAUCAAUCAAUAUCAAUAUCCAAGAUGGUUGAUUUACCCCUUAAAUCCGAGAUCAAACCUUAUUCACCCUGGCAAAGAAUUCUGGAAUAAUCCAAAAGACAAAGAGAAACAUGAGCAACAUGAGAAUCAGGUUGAUUAGCAGCUAGACAGUGUGUGUGCCUUGAAUAGUAUCCUCGCUCAAGUACAGACCUACUACCUACCCCAGUCCCAUUCUCCAAAUCUGGAAACAAAAAAGGAACAAGAAGUAUUUCUUUCCAAGUCUCAGACGAUCCUACGAAGAUGUAUGGGUUUCCGGUGAAUUGAGGGGUUCAUCAGGGUCCUCCUGUUGCUCUCCGUUCACAUUUAAUCUCCUUGAAUCUCCAAGAUUUCCAGAAUCCUUCCGAUACGAUUGAUCAAAUCCCCGACGUCUUCCCAGGGAACAUUCAUCAUUCCUUUCUUUCAAUGAUCAAUGAUAAUAUAAUAAAUUCAUACUGAAUCCUUUCACACAACUCAACCGAUCCACCACGUCCAAGAACGAGAAAUCUGGGGAAAGGCGGCACACAAUUACCUCUUUCCACAUUUUCUCCAAUUUACCAAUUGCAUUGAUACAUUCUUCAUUUAUUCUUUUCAUUUGGAUACUGGUAUUGGUGACAUCCAUAUAUUCUCCCUGCAUUCAUUCGGUAAUUUCACUAGCCCUGCCUCGCCUGCUUAACCGCCGAGGUGUCGAAAAGCCCUGGAGAAGUCAUAUUACGCCACAGCCGUGAAGGGAUUAACAAGACCUUGAGGUUCUGUCGUGUUUUGAGUUUUGGGGGUUCACUGGUGGUUGAAGAAUCUGAGGGAUCUUCCGCGGCAAUGAACUUAUGUUUCCCGACCGAUCCCUUUUUGGUUUCUUUACAAUUGCAAAUGCACUCACACCCACAUCCAUAUCCAACUUUGAAGUGCCGACAUGUGCUAAUGUAAGGAAGCAGGAUUCAAUACAUUUACCUCGUAUGUUUACCAGAGACUUCUCAUGAUGUGUACUCAAAAUGCUCAUUCAAAAUUGUAUUAAUACUAACGUACAGCCAGCCUUUCAGAGUCCACGCUUCAAUAACUUGGUAAUUAGGAUUACUUCAUGUUGACUCAAAGAACUCACUUCCUUCUUUAUCAUCUUCUUUCUAAUGUUCCACAUUAUUCUUACCAUACCUCACUCUCACUCUCCCUCACAAUCUCUCCUCUCUUCGUCUUUUUCCUUGUCAACGAAACAAAGAUUUGAUUCAUCCACUCUAUCCCAUUCCGCCUUAUUAUAUCGUACCACUUAUUGAAUAAACCAGGGUACAUUCAAAACAGUCUGCCAAACCUCCAAAUCAUGAAGUCAUUUGCUUGGCAAUUUUGGGGGGGGGCAUUCUUCAUUUUUCUUUUCCUUACUGCUUGUACUUAUGCUCACGCUCACUAAUCAACUUUUCUUGUAUCUCGAUCACGAUUUCUUCUCCACCAACCAAUGUUGACUCCAUAUUCUCAUCCCAAAAGAAAUACUUACAUCUCGAUUUAUACGCCCGAUGGUCCUUGGCAUCCAAACGAUGAGGUAACAUCUUCUCUUGAGCAUCGCGAUUCGCGCCUUGAAUUGUCUAGAAGCCGCUUAAAUCCAUCAGCUCAAUACUUCGUCCACAUACGGGGCCGAGGGGCCAGCCUCCUCUUCCGCCUUAAUUGCGGAGCCCAUCUACCUCAUCUACUCUGUCUGUACGAAGGACUCGUAUAACAAAGCAAGGUAUCAGGUUGUCAGCUUUGUUCCAACACACCCGUUUCUUUCAUCUUCAUCCAACCUUACCUAUCCCUUAGACAAUCAACCCUAUUGGAUGGAUGUCUGUUCCCUUUUUCACACUCCGAAAGACUCAGACCCGACAUAAGGUUAUUCCCAAAAAGCACCCAACCCACUUAGCCUUACCUCGACUCGAUGAUCUAAUCAUCUGUGAACAAAUUUCUAAACUCCGAACUAAAACUUCUACCCGGCCCUUCCGCAUUUUCCAUCCUUCUUCUCAUCUAUCUCGUCCCUAAAAGGCCCUUUGUACCAAACAAAAGUUCUCAAGCAAGAAAUUCUCGACACUCUAACCCUCUAAACAUCUAGUACCCAUCCUCUAGUACCUGUCUAGAACCGCCUCCUAACAUCCAAUCGGCAUCCACUCCCGGAUAUUUACUUGAGAUCUAGAUAGAAUAAAUCAACAUCCAUCGUGUCGUAUCGUACGUGCACACGAAGAUUGAUCCAUCAAUACUUACACACAAUAACAAUACAUAUAUAUCUUUCAGUGCCCUCCUCGUCCGUCUUAUCAUACUCUCUCACCACAUCCUCAUCAUCUAUCUCAUCAUCUCAAAAACCUCUUUCUCAAACUCUCUGCCAAGCCAAACCCGCACAACCGCAGAAAUCCCAGCACCUACUAGGUACCUACCUACCUAACUAACAACACAUUCCCAGCCCGGCUACCAACCCAACCGGUAUCCGUCUAUCCCGAGUCCAACCCCUCCCUGCCACAGCUUCUCUCUUUCGCUCUCGGAAUUCACGGAAUUAUCACUUUUGUCUAUUUCUCCAUUUCCUACCCAUUCAUUUAUUUCAAAGCAUACAGUCAAUCGAGCAUACGUCAUCUCUUAAAAAGCAGAGAAAGAGAGUUAUUUUCUUUCUAAUCCAUUUACUACGAAUCUACUAUCAUACCCAUUUCUUCAUCGGCAUCAUCACAUUGAAUAUCAAAUAAAAUACAUACAUACAUACCCACAUGCAAGAAAUAUAUACAUAAAUAAAUUAUCCUAAGGAUCUCUCUGAGCAAUCGCAAUAUUUUUAUAUCCGCUUUAUCUCCUCCUCAUUACAUACCUACCUAGCAUAUCACAUCCAAGUACCGAAUCAAAUCGAGUUCGAGUUCGAGGAAAAAAAGAAAAGCGCCAGCUUGUGUGAAAACGGAUUCUCUUUUUCUUUUUUUUUCAUUCUUCUGCCCGGAGAAAAAGGUGUGAGGAUUGCCUAGGUGCUUUACGUACCGAGCUGUUCUUUGUUGUGUAUAUCGGGAGAUACAUAGGUAUAUAUAUAUAUAUAUACAUAUACUGAGCUACAUACGUCUAUACGUUUAUUUUCUACUACGACGACUACUACCUACUACCAAAGGAAACUUCUUUGGCUAUCGAAUUGCGAUUAGGAUUCCCUUAUAUUCAUUCACAUUCUUCUAUUCGAGAUCUUUUCUGGAGUGAUAUCGAUAUCGACAUCGAAUUUUGAAUUGGGAUUGAAAUUGAAAUUGAAACCGGACUUGAAUCCGCAUUGGGAAUUCGGAUUUGGGGAUUCCGAUUUGGGAUAUUCACAUUCUUAUACCAUUAUUUUACUUUAUUUAUUGUGUUGAUCGAUUAUAUACAUACACCAGCAAUGACACGAUUACUAUCAAGAAGCUCUCUCACUUCAUCCCGCUCCACGACCCUCCUAAUCGCCUUCCUCUCUCUAACAUCCAACACCCUCUUUUCAAUCUUCUUCCACCAACUCCCCGACGAGCCGUUUCACCUCGCGGUUAACUAUGGAUUGUAUUUACAUUUUGCAAACGUGAUGAGUGUUUUUGGGGUUAUUGGGGCUUUGAGGAAACACUCCCUCUCCAUUCUCUGUUUCUCAAACUAUCUCCUCCUCGACACACUCCUCAGCGCAAUCCCCCGUCUCCUCCUCCUAACCCUCCUCUCCAACUCCUCUUCUAUCCUCUGCACCCCCUCCUCAACCACCUCUCUCGAUUUCUCCACCGUCACUCAACCUCCCUCCCUGUCGCAAAAUACGCAAGAAAUAAGUCUCGCUUCUUACACCAUCUCAACCAGUAUCCCCGCAUCAUCACACAUCGCAUCUUUUGCGGAUUUUGUGGGGAGGACGGGAGGAGAUGAUGGAUGGACCGAGAGUGGAUGUAAGAAGAUUAUUACGCUGGGAUAUAUAACGCUGAUUGCGGGGGUUAUGGCAGCUAUGGGACUGCAGGUUUUGGGCGCGCUUUGUGUGAGGGGUUACGCGAGGGGCUUGUUUGUGAAUGAGGAGAUGGGGAAUGAAGGGGAAUGGGAAAGAGAUAUGGGGGAUAGGGAAAGAGAGGGGGGGAUGUGGAGAGAGGGGAGAAGGUGA